AUGACCGUAGUUUCAAACGAUCCCAAUUGGUGGCCGACAAUCAAUUCAACUAUUUUUUAUAGUUAUUGGAUAGUUGCUGCUGGCGUCGUGGUGGUAUACGAUUGGGCACUCACACUAGGACAAGAGAUUGAAUUGAUCUGGAUACGUUAUAUUGGAAUACCAUAUUCUGUUUCAUCUCUGACGAUUAGUAACAAUGUCCUGGGAAGUAUACCGUUUGUCUCGCUCACAGAUGCAGGGUGCAAUAUUUUGGGCCACACAGGAAAUGGUACAAAUGUGGUCGUAGCUGCCAUGUUAGGCGUCAUCAUGAUUGCUCGCUUACAUGCCAUGUAUCAGGGAUCUAAAAUGAUGCUUAUCUUCCUUGUUAUCAUCUUCCUGAGUGUUAACAUUGUCUGCGGAACAAUCGCGGCAAUACAACUGAAGGAUCUCGUACUAGCUCAUUGGGUGAACACCAGAGGAGUUGAUACUCUCUGGAUCGUCCAUCGGGGACUGUUUCAGAGUGCUGAUACGAUCUCACGUACUUUAUUUUGCAAGCUUGUUAUCAUCUCUCCGGAGGUCCAGAAUUCAAAUGCUAUUGCAGUUCAGAUACUCGAUGGCGCACUUCAAAUUUUAUUGGUUGUGCAGCUGUUUCUGCUGGGACCACGCCUCAUCCUCAGCGUUCGAGAAUACAACGCCAAACUUGUGGCCGACUCCGAUGCAGAAACUAGCAUGAAUUCGAUUGUUUUCCAGGAGCAUUUGAAAGGUCUAGGCAAAAAUAUUUAUUGUUGUGUCACUACUGGAACGAAGUCGCUACUCACCUAUGCUUGCACCAACUGUGCAAGUGCCAAGACAGCUGAAGCGCUCAUUAGUCAGAUGCAUUUACAUCCAUCCGGGCCAUGGAGAAGUUAA